AUGCAACAACAGCGCUGCAACCAUCUAAUCAUCGUAUGCUGCCAUGCAAUAUACCUCGGGGGACCUACUCGCGGGCUUUCCGAAGAUGAAUGGGUCAUAGAACCAUUCCAACGAGGCGAGACGCCAACAUUCACAGAACAUGUCAAGGCCGGACUGCGGGCAUUAGCGGAUGAUUCAGGUGGAUUACUUGUGUUUUCGGGAGGACCAACGAAGAGAGAGAGGACAGAUUUGGCAGAGGGCGAGUCGUAUAUGAAUUUAGUGAAAGAUAACGACUACUUUGGCUUCUUGACCCGGAUAAAACCCUCGCAGUUGACCACUGAAACGCACGCGACAGAUUCAUACCAGAACGUAUUGUUCUCCCUACUCCGGUUUAGACUAUAUACGGGGUUCUAUCCAACGCGUGUUACAGUUGUAACACACGAGUUUAAGCGGAAGAGGUUCAUGGACUUUCAUUUCCCGGCCGUUGGACUAGUCCCCAUCACUAUUCUUAGCAGGCAAGACGAGGAGAAUCAGAGAGCUGCUGUUAUUGGAAUUAACCCCCCCGAGAGCGUGACAUCUGCCGAGUCACUGAUUGCAGGUGAAGAGAAGAGUGGGGUUGGUCUGUGGAGUAAAGACCGGUAUGGCGUUCAGUCGGAGUUGGCGAGGAAGAGGGUGAAGCGUGGAUGGAAGGCUGGGAUGGAAAAUGGGCUUUUUGUUAAUGUGGGAUUGGAGCCUAUUGUUGAGGAUUUGGUGCGGUGGGAUGGGGGAAGUGGGAAUGGGUGGUUUGGUAAGACAGAGGAGUUGCCUUGGUAUAGUCCUUAAGUCACCGGUGAGCGUGUUAAUGCACGCAUACCACAUCAAUCAUUAUUGAUAGAGCUUAGAAUAAUGCAAAUAAAAGAUACCCGAGAUGCAAAAUGUAAAUG